ACGCGCCCUGGCGCCAAAUAGGGCAAGGCUAGCUACAAGGAAGCAGAAAAAUGAUGGCGGCCGCAUUGUUAACGCGGUUCAUUUUCGCGAUGCUUAGCCAUGAGAGCGAGCGCCGCUCCGUCCAGGGUGGGCUAGUGAGCGACAGCACAGUCAAG